CAUGAGGAAAACCCAGUCCCGCGGCCCGCGCUCCUCGCACCACACGUCCUCGUGUCUCCGGCCGCCUCUACCUGACAAACGAGUGCCAAAUACGCUAACAUCGCGCACAUAGUUUUAAUAUGUUACCCGAGUGCAACUUCGUUGUGGUUCUGUGUACGAAUGACAAACGAAAGUGAGACUGAUUGGGUGAGCGUGUGUCAUCGUGUGUAUUUGUGUGAGCGAGUGUAAUGUAGCAGCCGUGGGGAGUAUGGUCGGUAUGCGGCGGCGCGGCGCGGCGGAGGCGCGGCGGGAGCGGCUGCUGCUGCCGCUGCUGCUGCUGCUGCUGCUGCCGCUGCCGGCGGCACGAGCAGCCUGCCCCGUCUGUCCGCCGCCGCCCGCGCGCUGUAAUUACAUGGCAUCAGCUACGGGAGAGUGUUUCUACAGCAUCGACAACACCACAAAAGGUGACAAUUUUGUGAUCAGUACCUCGGAGAGCUACAUUGGAGUGACGUGUAUACCAGGAAUGUCCCUGGACAGCCCAUCCUUGCCGCGCUUCCAGCAACGGCUCGUGGUGAGCAAAGCUGUGUUGGACAAGUGCGCGCCACCGGGCAUCGCGUACGCGGCGCUGCUGGCGUGGCUCAACGUAACCGUACUGGACACGCUGCAGUUGACGAGGCUGCCGGCCGCCACGUUGCGCGCUGACCACCUGGAGGGACUCUCUAAGCUGGAGAAGCUGGACAUGCUGGCGGCCGACGUGGGCCGGCCCGCGGCCGCGCACGCCGCCUUGCUGCGCGCCACGCCUGCGCUCACACAGCUGCGCGUGUCCGGCGUGCGCCUGGCGGCCGCCGCGCUGCAGCAGCUGCCGUCCUCCCUCAGCUCGCUCCGGCUGCAGGAGGCGGGGCUAACCGCGCUGCCGGGCGCCACGCUGGGCGCGCUGCCGCGGCUGCGCCUGCUGGAACUGGAGGACCGCGCGCUGCGCCAGCCGCCCGAGCUGCGUGCCGCGCCGGCGCUGCGCCAGCUCGUACUCACCGCGCUCAACAUGCAAGGCACGCUGCUACCGGGGGCGCUGGACCAGGUCACGCUUAAGCUGGGGCCGGGCGCGCGGCUGGCGGGCGAGUGCCGACUACGGCAGCUGACGCUGAUCAGCGACAGCGUGAGCGCGGUCCCCUCCGCGUGGCUGGCGAACUGCUCCCGGCUGAAUAAUCUGACUCUGAGAUUGCGGAACUUGACCGCGCUCACGGGCAGAGAGUUCUCAAACCUAACCGAACUCCAACGCUUGACUCUGAGCGGAAGUCCGCAGCUACAAGAUCUUCCGCAGGGACUGUUCGACGACAUGCGAAACCUGACCGUGCUUAAUCUCUCCAACAACAGUAUUACUCGACUACCAAGCAACAUCUUCUCGCGGCUGCGGCGGCUGCGGGUGCUGGAUCUGUCGCACAACGCGCUAGCGGCGCAGUCCGAGGAGGCGCUGUCUCCGCUGUCGGCUCUGGAGACCACGCUGCAGUCGCUGGUGCUGUCGCACAACCCGCUCGGAGACCUAUGCGCGCCCACCUCCUCCAUCAUUGGCGGGGAACAGUGGUCAUGGCUCCCUCGGUUUAAUUCGUUAAGAACCCUGCAGCUAGCUGCGACGGGCGCGGAGCGGCUGUGCCCCGACUGGCGCCGCAUGCUCAGGCUGGAGCACCUCGACUUGAGCAAUAACAGCCUCACCGAACUGCAGUGGAGUGACAUGCAGUGGACGCGGUCGAACACGACGCGCGUGGUACUCACCGGCAACCCGCUGCGUUACAUACUGCUGACGCAGCCGCAGUACGAGCGAUCCAAUAGGUCCGCGCCGCUUGCAGAUACGCCGCAGGUGAAGUUUGAAUUAAAGGGAGCCAGGCUGCGCUGCGACUGCACGAUGUACUGGUUCGCGCGCGCGCGCCAGGAGAAGCUGCUGCCCGUCUCGUUCAACGCGCUGGAGUGCGCCGCGCCGCGCGACAACGGCACCGUGGCCAUCGACGACUUCGGCGUCGACAACAUGGUGUGCGGCGUGAGAGCAGGCUGCCCGCGGCCGUGCUCGUGCUGGUGGCGCCCGCGGGACGGGCGCACGGUGCUGCAGUGCUCGGGCCGCGGGCUGCGCGCGCUGCCGCCCGUGUCGUGCGCCGGCGCCGGCUCGCUCGAGCUGGAGCUGCGCGCCGACAACAACAGCAUCUCGUCGCUGCCGGCGGCGCUGCCCGCGUGCCUGCGCCACGUGGACCUGCGCGGCAACCUGCUGAGCACGGCGCCCGCGGCGCAGGCCGCCGCGCUGCUGGGCGCCGACCGCACGCUGCGCCUGGCCGGCAACCCGCUGCAGUGCCGCUGCGGGGCGCCGCUGCUGGCCAGCCUCGCGGCGCACCUGCCGCAGCUGCGGGACGCGGCCGCGGUGCGCUGCGCCGACGGCAGCAGCCUGGCCGCGGCGGCCCGCGACGCGUGCGCCCUCUCGCGGGCGCUGCUGUGGAGCGCUGCGGGCGCCGUGCUGGCGCUGCUGGGCGCCGCGGCCGCCGCCACGCUGCUGCGGCGCCACGUGCGCCUGCGCCUCAAGGCCGCGCUGCUGGCGCGAGGACUCUGCCUGCGCUGGGCCGCGCCCGUAGACGACCUACACUGCACAUAUGACGCGUUCCUGUCGUACUCGCACCUGGACAGCGAGGUGGCGGACGCCAUCGUGCGGGAGCUGGAGUCCGGAGCGCGGCCGCUGCGGCUCUGCGUGCACCACCGCGACUGGCGCGUCGGGGACUGGAUACACGCGCAGAUCGCGGAGUCGGUGGCGCGGUCGCGCCGCACGGUGAUCCUGUUGUCGGAAAACUUCGUGCAGUCGUCGUGGGCGCGAGCCGAGUUCCGCGAGGCGUACGCGCGCGCCCUCAGCGACGUGAGCGCGCGCCUCAUCGUGGUGCUGCUGGGCGCCGCGCCGCCGCCCGGCCUCGACCCCGAGCUGCAGCACUACAUCGCCCACAACACCUACGUGCGCUGGGGCGAGCCCGCCUUCUGGGAGAAGCUGCGCCUCGCCCUACCGCCCGGCAAGCGUUCCAAUGCCGCUGCUGCGAAGGCAUCCGCCGCCCCCACUACGGCCCCCGCCACCCCCGCUACGACCGCCGCCGCCCCUGCCCAGCAUCGGCCGCCCCCCGCGUCGCAAGUGGCGCGCUCGGCGCCGCCCCCCACCACGCUUGCGCCAUCGACGCCGAUCGUCAAAUUUGCAAAGAUUCACUUCCCCGCUUCACUGAAACCGCCAAAGAACGAAACUUCCGCUUGCGCCUGAACCACCUGCGGCACUUUGUGGAAACCUCGUCCCUGGCACCUCAGCGCCGGCGCAACGCGGAACAUAAAGGCCGUAGACACACACCGCGAACGACCCUUAAAGAAGAUUAACAAAUUGUUGACAAUCCUAUGUGAGAUGGUUGGAUGUAAUUCCUGAAGUACUUAUUGGAAAAAAAGUAUUGUUAGAUCGACAUAACCUAUAUUCUAGCCGGAUUGUAUAAGCCACCAUACCGGCCGUAUCGGUUAGUCGUUUUCAGGACCAUUUUGUAAUGCGGCUGGUCAGCAAUUAGCCGGAUUGAAUAGUACGACACGAGUGAAUGAAACCCAGUCGGAAUGUAUUCAGCGCUUUAUGAUGUUCGACACGGCCAGCCGUAAUGCAGCUGGUCAAUGGUUCCCAUUUUUAACACUAGCGACGCUGUCGGACAUUACUAAAAACAACAAGAAUACAGAAAAUGCGUCACUGAAAUAUGAAGUUAACAGUGCCUUAAAUAUAUUGCUAGUUAGGUACUACUAGGAGGUACCUACUUGCCAUUUUUCUUAUUAAAAUUGGUUUUUAAUGAAA